CUCCUUCUUCUCUACACACACUGAACUUUCUCGCUCAUUCCUCUCUGGAUUGAUCGAUCAUCAUCGGUUAUCAUCAAUAUUUAAUAAUGUCGUCGUCUUUGAACAUAACCUCCAUUAAAACCACAUCCAAUGGAGUGUGGCAAGGCGACAACCCGCUCCACUUCGCCUUCCCACUCCUCAUCCUUCAGUCCACCCUCAUCCUCCUCCUCUCUCGCUGUCUCUCCUUCCUCCUCAAACCCCUCCGCCAACCCAACGUCAUCGCCGAAAUUCUCGGAGGAAUUCUGCUGGGGCCGUCGCUGCUGGGGAGGAACCAGGCGUACCUCCACUUGGUGUUCCCCUCAUGGAGCACUCCCAUUCUUGAGUCCCUCGCCAGCAUCGGCCUUCUCUUCUUCCUCUUCCUCGUCGGCCUCGAGCUCGACCUCUCCUCCGUUCGCCGCAGCGGCAGCCGCGCCGCCACCAUCGCCGCUGUCGGCAUCUCUGUCCCCUUCCUGUUUAGCAUCGGCGUCUCUUCCGUGUUUCGCCGCGUCGUGGGGGGCACUGAACAGGUCGGUUUCUCCCACUUCUUCGUGUUCAUGGGAGUGGCCCUGUCCAUCACCGCCUUCCCCGUCCUCGCUCGAAUCCUCGCCGAGCUUAAACUCCUCACCACCGACGUAGGCGAGACCACCAUGGCCGCCGCCGCCCUCAACGACGUCGCCGCCUGGAUCUUGCUCGCCCUCGCCCUCGCCCUCGCCGGCAACGGCCAGGACGGCGUUCACAAGAGCCCCUUGAUAUCCAUCUGGGUUUUAUUAUCAGGUGUUGGCUUCGUGGUGUUCAUGUUUGUGGUAAUUCGGCCGGCGAUGAGGUGGGUUGCACGGCGGGCGUCGCGGGUCCACGACACCGUCGACGAGGCCUGCAUAUGUCUGACGCUGGCGGGGGUGCUGGUGUUCGGGUUUGUGACGGACCUGAUGGGGCUCCAUUCCAUAUUCGGAGCCUUCAUAUUUGGACUAUCCAUUCCGAAAGGGGGGCAGCUCGCGGAGCGACUGACGGUGCGGAUCGAGGACUUCGUGUCGGGUCUGCUUCUGCCGCUGUACUUCGCCUCCAACGGGCUGAAGACGGAUGUGACUAAAAUGCGCGGGGGGGUGGCGUGGGCGCUGCUGGCGCUGGUCACCGGGACGGCGUGCGUGGGGAAGAUUGUGGGGACUUUUGCAGUGGCGAUGGCGUGGAAGAUUCCGGCGAGGGAGUCGCUCACGCUGGGGGUGCUUAUGAACACCAAGGGCUUGGUGGAGCUCAUUGUCCUCAACAUUGGCAAGGAAAAAAAGGUACUAAACGAGGAGACAUUUACCAUUUUAGUCCUGAUGGCAAUCAUCACCACAUUCAUAACUACUCCCAUUGUCAUGGCCAUCUACAAACCGGCGCGCGGCGGGGCCACCCGCACUCGCCGUAAACUCGAACAGGAUCUCUCCGGCUCGGAAACCUCCUCUACAGACAAUCUCCGAAUACUCUCGUGCGUCCACGGUCCCGGAAACGUUCCCUCACUCAUCAAUCUCGUGGAGUCAACUCGGAGCACCAAUAAGAACUCGUUCCUCAGACUCUACAUCGUCCGACUCGUCGAACUCACCGAGCGGUCCUCCUCCAUCAUGAUGGUCCAACGCGUUCGCCGCAACGGUCUCCCCUUCGUCAACCGCUUCCGCCGUGACGAGUUGCACGACCGAGUCGCGAUCGCGUUCCAGGCCUACGGGCAACUCGGCCGAGUCUCCGUCCGAGCAACGACUGCCAUCUCGGCGCUGCCCACCAUGCACGAGGACAUCUGUCACGUGGCGGAGGAAAAGAGGGCGGCGAUGAUCGUGCUACCGUUUCACAAGCAGUACUGGAGGGGAGGAUCGGGUGACGAGUCCUUGUCGGAGAACAUGGGCAACGGGUGGCGGGAGGUGAACCGGAGGGUGUUGGAGAACGCGCCGUGCACUGUGGCUAUUCUCGUCGACCGCGGACUCGGCAGUGGAGUGGAGCAGCAGAGGGUGUGCAUCGUGUUCUUGGGCGGGCCCGACGACCGGGAGGCGUUGGAACUUGGGGGAAGGAUGGCGCAGCACCCGGCCGUUAGGGUCAGCGUAGUGAGGUUUGUUGAAGAAGAUGGGUUGGUGGGUAAGGGCGCAUUGCUGCUGCCGUCGCCAGAAGAGAAGGCAGUGGGUGAAUUUAAGAGGAGGUGUGGUGAUGGGCUAGCACAGUACACAGAGAAGGCGGCUAGCAAUGUCGUGGAGGAUGUGGUGGCGAUGGGGCGGAGUGGGGAUUACGACCUCGUAGUGGUGGGCAAGGGGCGGUUUCCGUCUACCGUGGCGGCGGCUUUGGCGAACCGGCAAGCAGAGCACAGCGAGCUCGGUUCCAUCGGAGACGUUCUGGCGUCGUCGGGACAUGGCGUCGUGUGCUCCGUGCUCGUGAUUCAGCAACACGACUUGGGGCAUGCACCGGGAUACGAGGGAAAUGGAAGGGUCAAAGUCAAUGGAUCACAAAAUGGCAGAGAAAUUCCACGUGACCUUGUGUAGAUAGAAAUGGAAAAUUUCAGUGGCAUUGUGGAGUUCAGAUGUAUACGGUGCAGCUAACCAGUACUUCAAUUUAUUUCAAUACUGCAGAGAAUAUUAUACAAACAUAAUUUGGAUUUUAGAUUUCAGGCACACAUGUAUGUGGGUAAUAAAAUUAUGUACUAGACUGACCAUCUAAGUAAUUUCUUGUCCAGCCAAUUGAUACAGUUUUCUUUAAAUUUCUCAUUAGCAUUAGUGCUGUAAAACGUGUAUAUUAUAUAUGUGAAUGAGAAUCUUAAAA